CAUCAUCAGCCGGAGGUCAGACGCGCACCAGCACACUCCAGCUGCAGAGUUGCAGGUAGAUCUCAGGUCCAUCAGCUGUGAAGCCCCCCCCGCACACACGCACAGACAUGCACUUUGAUGACAUUCUGCGGACCAUCGGGGGCUUCGGCAGGUUCCAGAAGCUCCUGUACGUGUGGAUCUGCGUGCCUCAGAUCUUCCUGGCGUUCCACAUGCUGGUGUCGGUGUUCACGGGGGCCGUUCCUCCUCAUCUCUGCCGCUCCUCCUGGUCUUCGGAGGGGCCCCCGGUCCCUGCGAACUUCAGCUCUCUGAGCGGCCGUCCCGAGCUGGCCUGCUUCGGCCCCGGGAACCGCAGCAGCCCCGGUGGCCCCGCAGAUGAUGGACAGCUGAGCGGGACCUGCCAAGGGGGCUGGGAGUACAGCACGGAGACCUUCCAGAGCACCACCGUCACUGAGUGGGACCUGGUUUGUGAGAAUGCCAGCAUGAACAAUCUGGGCUCCUCCGUCUACAUGUUUGGUCUCUUGGUUGGAGCUUUGGUGUUUGGAAACCUGGCUGAUAAAUAUGGUCGCAGAAUCAUCAUUCUCAUCAGUUUGGCUAUCCAAGCCGUGUUUGGAACCGCUGCAGCUUUUGCGCCUAAUUUCUACGUCUACACCGCUCUCCGGUUCAUGGUUGGAACAUCCAUCUCUGGUGUGAUCAUGAACGCCUUUGUACUUGGCACCGAGUGGACGGGCUUAAAGCAGCGAAUGCUGGCUGGUAUAAUCACAGACUACUUCUUCGGCUUUGGAUACAUCCUACUGGCUGGUUUAGCGUACCUCAUCAGAGACUGGCGAAAGCUGCAGUUAGCCAUUUCAGCACCUGGGUUCCUCUUCAUCAUUUACAUCUGGGUUUUACCAAAGUCGGCUCGCUGGCUAAUGGCAAACAACAGAGUGGAAGAAGCUCUGGAAGUGAUUGAAAAAGCGGCGCAGAUGAAUGGGAAGCCCAUCAGUAAAGACAUAGAGAUGUGUCAGCAGGUAUACAAAGCUGAUCAGAACUCUGUGCUGAAGAAAAAACACUCCUUCAUCGACCUGGUUCGAACCCCAACCAUGAGGAAAAACUCCCUGAUCGUCUUCUACCUGUGGUUUGUCAACGUCCUCGUCUACUACGGCCUGUCCCUCAACAUCUCUGACUUUGGAAUGAACAUCUACUUGACGCAGAUGAUCUUCGGUCUGGUGGAGAUGCCCGCUCGCACCAUCACCCUGUUCACUCUCAACCGCUCUCGCAAAAUCUCGCAGCUGGCGUUCCUGGCAGUGGGUGGCUCUGCGUGCCUGCUCACCAUCUUCAUCCCCAGCAGACUCUUCAUAGUGAAAACAGUCCUUGCCAUGAUUGGAAAGUUUGGGAUCACGGCUUCUCUGUCCAUCAUUUACGUCUACUCAGCGGAGGUCUUUCCAACAGUGAUCAGACAGAACGGGAUUGGGAUAGGAUCCAUGUGUGCACGGACGGGGGGGGUCUUGGCCCCCAUGAUGUAUCUUCUAAGGAACAUUAGCCCUCAUGCACCCAUGGUUCUUAGCGGCCUCUGCCCGCUGCUGGGCGCCGGCCUCACCCUGCUGCUGCCCGAGACAGCCAACAAGCCCCUCCCUGACACGAUUGAAGAUGUGGAGGGGGUGAUCGCCAGUGAUGGCGACGAUGCUGUGAAAACAGUCCUGUUUGACUUGCCUUUGCCAAAGACGGCUGAAGAAAGCACCAGGACAGAGUAGAAUGCAGCCACCGGGUGGCGCUGCUUCUUUUCAGUAUUCUUGACUUUUUUUGCUUAUUUUUGUCAAAGACAGAGAAGUCUCUUCUUCCAGUGGAAGUGUCUGUUAGACUUGUUUUUCAUAAAUCUUUGCAGAUGAGCCAUUCUACAGAAACUGGAUCAAUAACAAGAAAGUGUUUUUACUUUCUUUUUUUUUAUUUUUUGUAUGAGUUUUGUAUAUGUCACUGUAGAGUAUCCUUACAUCUUCCUGUGACCCGCCCUUUCAACGCGCACAGAAGCUGACAUCGCCUGUUUGUUCAGGGGCUCCAGAUGAUGACCUGUGGUUAUUCUAUGGACUUUAUGCCCUCUCCAGACUACAGGACAACCUCUCACAUCUGAGACACCAUUGUUUUCUCCAGAGGACAACCUACAGGAGGAUUUGUUUGCUGCUUGUUGGUUUUAUUUUUGUGUACUAUGAAGACUCUGCUGCAUAUGCUGGAUCAGAACAUGGGAAGGUUUGAGUCUUCUAGCAUCAUGAUUCAUGAAGAAAUGGAUUUCAAACCUUGUUGUGAAGGAUCUUGUUGGCUUGCCAAAGGCCUGCUGGGAGCCAGCAGUUCUAGCUGUUAACCUGACUGGAACAUGUAGAACACAUUUCUGAUCAACUACCUUCUCCUCAGGUGAAGUGAAGUCUUGUUUUGCUUCAUGUACUGAUGUUAAAUCUUCUCAUAUGCACACCUAUCUUUGCAAGAACAACGUUUCACAAAAAACUGAACAAACCAGACUGACAAAAAUGCUGAGAAACUCACACCAUGACACACAUUCAAAGAUGAACUCCCAUAACGUGUCCCACAGACUGCUUGCAUUCCAGUGAGUGGAGUCAUUUUAAUAUUCAAAAUAAAGGUCAAAUGUUGCACUCA